UGUCCAGAAUUUUACAAGCGAUCAGUCAACAUCCCAUCAAGCGUAAUCCAAUCUAGGUCACUGUAAUAUAUCCCGGUCCUUGUUUGUAGAUCGAACCGACCUAAAAUAUUCUAGCUAUUUGAUACAAAAGGUUUGACAGAGCAGAACAGAUCGUAUUUUGAAUACUGCACUGUCCCGUCGAAUUCGUCAGCUGUGUUGUAUGUUGAAGUUGUGGUGCUGUCGUCUCAGUCUUACAGAAAUAUUGACGGACGUAGCAGCUUUGGUGUGUAGUGAUCAUUCAUCCUAACAGCGAAUACGAAUUUCUGGAAAGUUGAUACAACUUUGAGUUUGAAUAAACGCGUCAUGUCACGAUACAGCAGCUCUUCUUUCAGGACGUCGUCGUCUUCUUUUAAAACGAAAAGUUUGUCUUCUGAUAAACAGGAUCCAAAGCAAAACAUUGCCAACGUUUUCGGGGUCAAUUUGAAGGGCUUGAACAAACCUGGUCAUGAAGCAGCUGGCAAGAAGAAAGAGGUGAAAACAACUUCAAAGAGUAGCACAAGUAAAACGAGUAUUGACAAACGAAGUGUGGAGCUCAAGGGAACUGCAACAAAGGCAGCAUCCAAGACAUCUUCUGCACCAAUUGCUACAACAACAUCCAAAAGCAACACCGCUACAGCAACAGAUGCGAUUUCCCAGCAACGUAUGCUCAAAUCCACCAGAAUCAAUAUCGAUCUGGAGAAAAUCCCAGACUUCGCAGUUGCCAGACCACGAAUUCUUCCCGUCCUGAAGCCCAAGAGCUGGGAAGCGUCAACCAAAGAUAUGUUGAAGAAGAUCGACCCCAAGAAGACACCCGAGCUACUGUUCUUUCCCGUGAUGACACUGCCAAUGACCUCUCUAGGAUACACCUUGGCUAUCGUCAAUGAAGAAGGAUCUUUGCAGUACAUUCUACGCAGCUAUCUUGAGGCUUGGAAUAUCUCUGAGAAAGUGCUGAAAGACGUGGCCAUCAGAAACUUAGAGCAUCGACUGGAGAACCGGGGAACUCGACUGUGGAAGCGAAGCAAAGCUGGUGUGUACUACUUGGACAACCUUGGCUCGGUAUCAGCAUCUGUCAUCCUACUGCCACAAUUUCUUGACGGUCUGGAAAUCGAGGAUGGUGAUCCUGUUGUUGUUGCUCCAUCUGGAGAUAUUUGCCUGGUCGGAGGAGCCAAGAGUGAUACACAAUUGUGUAUAAUUGGAGAAAUAGCUCUUCAGUUUUCCAAGGAUCCACAACAUUUUGACAUCAAACCACUUCGCUUUUCCAAAAAUAGAUUCCACGAAUACGCACCCAAAAUAUACGCUCAGGAACAGAAUGUUCCACAAAGUCUUGAUGAAGUGAGGAAAAUCAGACUAAGACUUAAGCCACUGAAGCUGAAGAGACAAAAGUAACAGGCUUCAAAACUUCUUAAGCAUGACAGUUCCCUAACGGCAAGCUUUAAAUUAACUCAAAUCCUUUGUAUUCAUUUCAAUGUUUACUAGGAAGAAAGACUGUGUACAUUAUUAAAACUUUUCGUGACGUAGAUUUUGUUAACGUUGACAACCAGUACAAUUGUUGUACACGGAAAGGGAAAGAGAAACUUUUAUUUUCAAUAAAGGCGAAUAUUGAUGUUAAGAACUGAAAAAUAUUUUGUAACCAUCCCCAUCUAAAGUUGUAAAUAGUAUUAAAUAAAGCACGAUUUGCUUCAAGGAA